GCAAGCAAUCAUUGCCGCUUGAUUUCUCAUGGACCAUCGGGAGACAUGAUCGGAACGGCAUGUUGUUGUCUUCAUAACUAUUGAACAUUCUCGGUUUCGAUGCAAAACGCUCAUUAUACUCGACUUAUUCUUCCUUACUACGACAGGGAUACGCCCAAUCCCUGAACCGUGACCCCUCCCUGAAAAAAAAAAAAUAAUGACGGGUGCCCGGUAACAAAUUUAUCUCGAAUAUGGCAAACGGCGAGUCGAAAGAUGAACGCGACCAACGGGUUGCGAAACUCUGGGAAACCCUGGAUGCCCAGAAGGAGGGCCAGAUUGAUCUCAAUGGUUUAAAGAAGGGCCUCAAGAGGAUUGAUCAUCCUCUCAAAAAUGCCGAUGAUAUGUUGCAAAAUAUACUGCGAGCGGUCGAUACCAACGGUGAUGGACACAUUGAUUACUCCGAGUUCCGAGCCUUUGUCAACCAUACCGAGGCUGGGUUAUGGGAUCUUUUCCAGAGCAUCGACCGCGACCAUAACGGAGAAAUCGAUAAAAGCGAGCUGCAGGCUGCUUUCGCCAAGUCCGGGAUGACCGUCUCGACCGCAAAACUAGACGACUUCUUCAAGGACGUGGAUACGAAUAAGGAUGGGGUCAUCUCCUAUGCGGAGUGGAGGGAUUUCCUGCUCUUCCUCCCCGCUUAUUCGUCAUCCGACCUUCACGCCGUUCUGUCAUACUAUACGGCCACGGGCAAUCUGAACCCGGAAGGAGAUGUCCACAUCAACGAUCUGCAGGGUUUAGGUACAGACCACUCGUUUCCUAAACGUUAUAUCUUGGCUCUCAAGAACCUUUUGUACAAUAUUUUCCCAGUGCAUGCCUUGGCAGCCCUCAUCCCACUAGCCCAUGCGGAAUCCGCUGGGAUCUCAGAGUCGGCUGCUGCACUUAACAAUGCUUCUGUUUCAUUAGAUAGUGAACCCGAGCUGGAGUGGCUACCCAUACCUAGGACUGUCGCCAUGUGGAUGUCUUUCCGAUAUUAUGAACAGAAGUUGACGGAAAACACUCCUCAAUUAGGUUAUUUUAUUGCGGGCGGGAUUGCAGGCGUCGUAUCGCGGACGGCCACCGCACCUUUGGAUCGUCUCAAGGUCUAUCUCAUUGCCCAGUCCGGUGUGCAGACGGCAGCAGUUCGCGCGGCGAAGGACGGCGCCCCAUUACAAGCCGCAGGCAAUGCAUCAAGAACGCUCACCGGUGCGAUUAAAGAGCUUUGGCGCGCUGGUGGAAUUCGGAGUCUAUUUGCAGGAAAUGGAUUGAAUGUGGUCAAGGUCAUGCCCGAAUCAGCUAUCAAGUUCGGAGCUUAUGAGUCUGCAAAACGUAUGUUUGCUCGACUUGAAGGACACAAUGACCCUAAGCGCCUUCUGCCAACAUCGCAGUUCUUGUCCGGAGGGUGUGGUGGAAUGGUGGCCCAAUGUUUCGCUUAUCCCAUUGAUACCUUGAAGUUUCGAAUGCAAUGCGAGACCGUUGAAGGUGGUUUGAAAGGCACCCGGCUUAUCGCGGCCACGGCUGGAAAGAUGUGGAAGGCGAAUGGCCUCUACGCCUUCUUCCGUGGCCUGCCCCUUGGACUUGUUGGAAUGUUCCCAUACGCUGCUAUCGACCUGACUACUUUUGAAAAUCUUAAACGAACGCUUCUCGCCCGCAAAGCUCGCCUUAACCAUUGUCACGAGGACGAUGCUCCUCUCAGCAACUUCACUACAGGAGCUAUUGGAGCUAUUAGUGGGGCAACGAGUGCUUCUGUUGUUUACCCAUUGAAUGUCCUCCGAACAAGACUGCAGGCCCAAGGCACUAAACUCCACCCUGCUACAUAUAGCGGUAUUGGUGAUGUGGCCCGCAGAACCCUGCAGUCUGAAGGCCCUCGUGGUCUCUACAAAGGACUCACACCGAACCUCCUCAAAGUUGCGCCGGCAGUAUCCAUCAGCUACGUCGUGUAUGAGAACUCGAAACGAAUGCUUGGCCUGAAAUAAAAUCCCAAAGGAGCUUUUCAUUAUCGGGCUCAUUCAUCCCCCACCUGAUCAGGCUUUCACCGCAAGAAAUCAGUUUAUUGCCGCCGCUGUACACUGCCGAAGAUUUCCCAUUUCAUUUGAUUGUUAGAAUAUUUUUGUCAAGAUACCCACAAAGCCCACUGCCAUGUAUGGCACAGUUAUUUUCCUUGGGUGGAAAUCGAUAGAUUUCCUUUUUUUCGCAUGCUAUGUUUUAUUUUUAUUUUUUUUUUUGAUAGCUUGCUGCAUAUUU